AUGGGCAACUCGUAUGCAGGGCAGCUGAGGACCACGCGGUUCGAGGAGGUGCUGCACAGCUCCAUAGAGGCCUCCCUCCGCUCCAACAAUGUGGUGCCCAGACCUGUGUUCUCCCAGCUGUACCUGGAGGCUGAGCACCCGGCCCCAGCGCUGGAAGGUAAAGCCGGCAGACCAGAAAAUGAGGAUGAGGAUGAAGAAGACAGCUCCGAGUCCAACAGUCCCCCCAUCCCAUACCAGAUGAAGCCCCCGCCAGAGGGAUGCUGCACCACUGACGGUUUCUGCCAGGCGGGGAAAGACCUUCGGCUGGCCUCAAUCGGCAGCACCGCUCUGGAGGUCCCCCAGGGCUUCCUGCUGGUGGGAGCCAAGUCCCCCGCCCUGCCCGACCACAUCCUUGUGUGUGCCGUGGACCACAGGUUCCUGCCGGACGAGAGCGGACGCAACGCACUUUUAGGUUUCUCAGGUAAUUGUGUGGGGUGCGGAGAGAAAGGCUUUCGAUACUUCACCGAGUUCUCGAACCACAUCAACCUGAAGCUAACCACCCAGCCCAAGAAACAGAAGCACUUAAAGUACUGCCUCCUGAGGAAUUCCCAGGGGGUGCUGGUCAAAGGCCCUGCCAUCUGCUGGAAGGGCACAGCAGCUGGUUUGCCCCCAGACCCACCAGCCCCAGCUCCUCCUCCCCUGACCAAUGGCAGAGAGUCUGGCCUAUCCCAGCAGCCCUUGCAACAGCCUGGCCCAGGGUCACAUGGUUCAGGCAGGCCCUCUGUGAUAGGCACCAUAGUAAACACGGGACCCCCCAAAAAGAGACACAAGGGCUGGUCGCCCGAGUCCCCCGCCAUCUCUGAACCCUCAGUGAAGACCACCUGCACUGCCUCGGCUAACAGCACCAGGACAGGUAGGAGGCCUGCGCACAAUGGGGCCCCGAUCAGCGCCCCCCAGGGGUCGUCACCCCAGCUGCCCCCGGGGGAGUCUGUCACCGUCCCAGAGCACCUGGUGCACACCUGCAGACUCCGGCCUGUCAUCUUUAAAGGUCACGGGAAGCUGCCGGUGCUCAGUGGGAAUGUGGGAGAGGUGAUAGUGAGCUCGCUGCUGCAGGCCUGCUACCGCAGCUGCCAGGCCCUGCCCCGCCUGUACGAGCAGUACGGGGCCUCGCCCAUGCAGCCCCUCUCCACCGAGAUGCAGGUCCUGCUCACCGUCUACUACCUGCUGCAGCUGGCUCCUGACCAGGUCCCGCUGAUGGAGGACCUGGAGCAGAUCUUCAUGCGGUCCUGGCGCGAGUCUCACCUGACGGAGGUGCGGCAGUACCAGCAGACGCACCCCCCGCUGCUGCCGCACCUGUCCAGCCUGGCCCAGCCCGUCAGCGCCUCCCAGCUGCCCUGGCUGGCCAAGCUGGCCGCCAGCUCGUGCGGGGACGGCGUGCUGGUGCUGGGCGUGGCCUCCUCGCUGGCCGAGGGGCUGGAGGACACCUUCCACCGCCUGCUGGACGGGCGGCUGGCCCACACCAACUACGUGGUCAUCAUCUGCACGUCCAAAAGCCACGACACGGAGUCCUGCCUCGUGGUGACAGGGAAGCAGCAGGCUCGGGCUGUUGCAGAGAGCAUGCUCUCUCCCAGUGAGAGUCUGACGGAGAUCAGCCUGCAGCUGGCAGCAGGGAGGGAGAGGGAGCUGAGGGCCCUCGUUGGCUCCCUGGGCUCAGAUGGAGACGUGGAUGCCCUGCUGGAGAAAUGCAGUCUGGACAGGGGCAGCCAUUCGUCUCUGUCCAGCGGUCUGGAGUCCUCGGGGGAUAGCCCCAACGCCACCUGCACAGAGUACCAGGUGGAGUGGCACGAGGUGAGGCCCGUCCAGCUGGCGGUGGCGAGGAAGCUGCUGUCCCACGUGUGUGCCAUCGCAGACUCCAGCACCCAGAACCUGGACCUGGGCUCCUUCGACAGGGUGGACUUCCUCAUCUUCGUCCCGCCCUCUGAGGUCACCUUCCAGCAGGUCCUCAUGCACCUGCGCAACUCAGGGAUCCUGCAGGAGCUGGGUCUGGAUAAGGAGUGUGUGUCUCAGAGGGAGGCGGAGCGGUACGUGGUCAAGCUGGACCAGGGGGCGCAGGGCAAGAUUGACUCUCUCAUCCAGAAGUCCAAGAUGAACCCCUACACCCUCUUCAUCCUGGUGCAUGACCACGCCCACUGGGACCUCAGCAGAGGAGCACACACGGGGGGUAACGGGCACUUCGGGCUGGCGGACAACCUGCUGAACUGCCGCGAGAUUUGGGACGCCCCCAACAUCCUGACCCUCCAGGUCACCUCGUUCCCCUUCGCUCUGCAGACACAGAACACCCGAAUCAGCCCCUACAACGAGGUCCACUGGCCCUCCACCUUCAACAACGAUAUGGAGCUGUACCGUGAGAAGAGCAGGUACUUUGGGAUUUCUGAGUUCCUGGAGUCGGCGCGCUGUGGGAGUGGGCUGUCCCUGCUGAGAUAUGACAGUGGGUUCGAGAGUACAGCCAGCAUGCUGGCAGAGAGGUUUCCGGAGCUGCACAGCGGCGUGAUCCGGACGCACGCCCUCGUGCAGCAGUACGCCGUGGCGCUGAUGGCGGCGUCGGGCCAGGCCCGGCUGCAGAGGCACGCCUCGGUGGAGACGCUGGAGAUGGUGCAGGGUGUGCUGUGCUCCGGGCGCCGCUGUCCCGGCCGGCACGGUCACAUGCUGCUGCUGCGUGUGCCCUGCUCCGCCCUCGCCGCCCUCGCCCACCGGCGCCUGCGCCACGCCCGUGACUGCCUGGGCCUGCAGCACUGCUUCGAGGUCGUCCUCGGCAACCCCGGCUCCGCCCUCUCCAUCGGAAAGCACUUCCUCCACCAGCUGAAGGCAUGGUUAAAAAUCAAGGACCCUGAUUGGACCCCUCGCACCUACCUGGAGCUGGAGGCCCUGCCCUGUAUCCUCAUACUGACAGGGAUGGACCCCCUGGGAGAGUCACUGCCCAGAUCGCUGAAGUACUGUGACCUGCGCCUGAUCAGCUCCUCGUACCUGCUGCGCACGGCGUUGGAGCAGGAGCUGGGCCUGGCGUCCUGCCUGGUGCGGGCGGGGCCAGGGGUGGAGCCAGGGGCGGAGCACGCCGCCGCCAGCGACCUGUCCGAGAGCGACCCCGAGAAGCUCAGCAGCACCGACAACGAGGAGGAGGAGGUGGUGGAGCCUGUCAGCAGUGACCUUCCCGCUCUGGAUCAGAGGCUCCCCCUGGAUCCCCAGGCCUCCCAGCCGGACAGCAGCGUCACAGAGCUGGACAAACCCCGCCCACACCAAGACUGGAGAGGGUCCAGUAAAGAGGCGGGGCCGGCACAGAGCUCCCGGAGGCCGUCCAAAUCGACAUCCUCGGGCUCGUCCUCCACGCGGGCCUCGGGCCUGUCCCAGCGGGGCGGGCAGUGCCCCUGGGCGCGCGGGCGGAAUCGGCCGCCCGUGGUGCUGCUGCCGAAGGCGGUGUAUGACGUGAUGGCGACGGCGGACAGCGGCGGACUGCCCAAGGCCACCUCCUUGCUGCCGCACGGCGGCGUGGAGUGGGCUAGCUCCUUCCGCCCGCCGCUCAGCAAGAUGAUGACCUGCACAGAGCAGUCCCUGUACUACCGGCAGUGGACCGUCCCCAAACCACUGCACAUGGACAGCAGCAACCGUGCCGAGGGACGCAACAACAACUUCCACCCACGCAGACUGCUUCUGACGGGACCCCCGCAGGUAGGGAAAACAGGAGCCUACUUGCAGUUUCUGGGCAUUCUGUCGCGGAUGUUGAUUCGUCUGAUGGAAGUAGAUAUCUACGACGAAGAGGAAAUAAACUCAGUUGUACAGAUGGAGUCGGUUCAGUAUCACCAGCCUAAUGCAGCGUGGCCAAACCUGGACACCUUCAGAUCCAUGCCUUUUAUCUACAGCAUUAACGACCCAAAGUACGAGGACAUCAGUGCUGUGUACUCAGCAGGGGUCACCUCCACUGCUGCGGGAAGCUCCAGGCAGUUGGAGGAUGUGUAUCUUCGGAGACGCACCACCAGGAUAAAGCUGUCCAAAUACGCGGCCUACAACACCUACCAUCACUGCGAGCAGUGCCACCUGUACAUGGGCUUCAGUCCCAGACGCCAGCUGUACGAGUCCACGCUGCACGCUUUCACCUUCUCCCAUCUGCUGCUGGGACAGGAGAUACAGCUCUACUUCAUCAUCCCCAAAUCCAAGGAGCACCACUUCUCCUUCAGCCAGCCCGGGGGUCAGCUGGAGAGCAUGAGACUGCCCCUCACCUCCGACUGGAAUCCUGACUGCAUAAAAAGCCCCAUCUUCACCCCGACGACGGGCCGGCACGAACACGGCCUGUUUAACCUCUUCCACGCCCUGGACGGCGCCGCACACCUCCACAUCCUGGUGGUGAAGGAGUACGAGAUGGCCGUCUACAAGAAGUACUGGCCCAACCACAUCAUGCUGGUGCUGCCCACCGUCUUCAACGGGGCCGGCAUCGGCGCCGCCCACUUCCUGAUCAAGGAGCUGUCCUACCAGAACCUGGAGCUGGAGCGCAGCCGGUGGGCGGAGCAGGGCAGCCGGCCACAGGACGUGUGGCCCUUUAUCGUCCUGGCAGACGACUCCUGCGUCAUGUGGAACGCCGUGGACCUGGACAGCAAGAGUGGGGGCACUGUGCCGGUGGAGAGGAACGUGUCGCUGAAGCAGGUGCUGCAGCACAUGGAGUCGACCCCAGACGUGACCCAGUACGGCCUAUGCGGGCUGAGGAAGUGGUCAAGCCGUGGCAGCGGGCCCGGCCGGUACUGGGAGCCCUUCUCCCGGUCUCACCUGCACGACUUCCUCCUGCUCAACGUGGACCGCACCCAGGACGUCCAGUACAACCAGAACAGGUUUACCUGUGACGACGUGGACUUUAACCUGAGGGCCCACAGUGCCGGGCUGCUGCUCUGCCGCUUCAACGGCUUCAGCGUGAUGAAGAAGCAGAUCGCCAUCGGCGGGUACCGCACCUUCAUCAUCAAAACCAAGGUGGCAGACGUGCCCACCACUGUGCUGCCCUCCCAGUACAUCUGUGCACCGGACAGCAAGCACCCCUUCCUGGCCACGCCCGCACAGCUGCUGCUGGAGAAGUACCUGCAGCACAGCAGCCAGCACCUGUUCCCCCUCAGCGCCCGAAACCCCGACCACCCGGUGCUGUCUGUGGACUGCUACCUCAGCCUGGGCCCGGAGGUGACGGUGUGUUUCGUGAGCUCCAGGCCUCACUCCAUCAACACCAGCACCACAGGGCUGCUCUUCAGCGGCCUGCUGCUCUACUUCUGCGAUGCCUUCGUCACGCCCGGCUUCCUCAAGAAGUUCCACUUCCUCAAAGGGGCCACACUGUGUGUGGUGUGCCCUGACCGCAGCUCUCUGCGCCAGACCGUCGUUCGCCUGGAGCUGGAGGACGAGUGGAGGUUCCGUCUCCAGGAUGAGUUCCAGACGGCCAACGCCAAAGAGGACCGGCCCCUGUUCUUCCUGACGGGAAAGCACAUCUGA